GCGAGGUCAAACAUGGCGGCGGCUGCCGAGGGCGUCCCGGCUACUCUGCGGGACGAGCCAGUUCGAGACGAUGCCGCGGUGGAGACGGCCGAGGAAGCCACGGAGCCCGCCGAGGCCGACAUCACGGAGCUCUGCCGGGACAUGUUCUCCAAAAUGGCCACGUACCUGACCGGGGAACUCACGGCUACCAGUGAAGACUAUAAGCUCCUGGAAAAUAUGAAUAAACUAACCAGCCUGAAGUAUCUUGAAAUGAAGGAUAUUGCAAUAAACAUUAGUAGAAAUUUAAAGGAUCUAAACCAGAAAUAUGCUGGACUGCAGCCUUAUCUGGAUCAAAUCAAUGUCAUCGAGGAGCAGGUAGCAGCUCUUGAGCAGGCAGCCUACAAGUUGGAUGCAUAUUCCAAAAAACUGGAAGCCAAGUACAAGAAGCUGGAGAAGCGAUGAAAAUAUUCCUAUGGGACAAAGUAUUUUUUUUUACUGUGGAAGAAUGUUUUGUAAGACAUAAAUCCUGUGGUUGAUGAAUUGUCAGAAUUCGUCACAAGGACCCAUGCUGGUCAGCCCCAGAGACAUCCCAACACAGCAGUGAAGUGGAGGACUGGCUGCUCAUGAGCUGCUUCUGAGACAGUGUUCGUUCGUCACACUUAACCCUUCACUUUGUACUUGAGUGUUUCAUCUAUUCAGGAGGACAGGGAGUCUCAAAGUUCAGCAUAAACUUGGGCUUGCCAGUGGAAUCAAGUGAGGGGACCUAUUUUCUCUGGUAGUGGUUGAUUACUACUUUAUUUUCUUAAAAGGCUGGUUUUUGAGUUACUGUGUUAAAAAGUUGUUUUUUCCUAUUCAUGAUGCUAAUGUAUUAACAGCUAAGAAGAUUGUAUAUUAAAAAAGGAAGCAAAACAAA